GUAUCACCCCUCUGAGCUCUAUUCUUCUAGAAAAUGGCUUCGUCGAUGUACAACAAUGGCAUCUCAAUUGCAGUUUCCGAUGACGAGUCUGACGAGCUCGCUGGAAGAAUUAGGGCACGAGUACGAAGGAAGCGCAAGAAACAUGGCGUCCGCGGUAAGACCGAGUUCACUCGACGAGUCAUCCAGCUGCUCCUAAGGUGGUGGCCCGUCCUGCUUUGCCUUCUAGCUGUUGGACUUCUCCUCUUUGAGGCGUCUCGUAUUGGUGGAAAUUCCAGUCCUCAGGUUAGAAAUUCGGAUCAUCUGCCUCGGAAGAAAUCGGUCGAUACCGUAGUAGAAGGAAAACCGCCGGGAAAUUUGAAUCGCCUUGAUCCAGUAACUCGUGCUCGCGGUGGAGUUAGAGAACGUUGCUUGGAUCUCUUACCUCCUGAAGAACUUGAGAAACUGGAUUUUCCAAUUGGAGAUGCACAUACUAAACCUGUUAAAAGCAUAGUAUACAAAUCAGAUGCUGAUGAACACUCUGCUGAAGGGAAUUUGACACUACAACAAUUCUCUGACUCAACAAGAUUUAACUUAUUCACAGGAAGCCAAUCAUUUGAGCAAAGGGAAGAAAGCUUUAAGGUAAGUGAAACAGCUGUUGUCAACUGUGGCUUUUACAGUGAGGCAGGAGGGUUCAAGAUUUCUGAUGAAGACAAACAGUAUAUGCAAUCUUGCAAAUCCGUGGUGUCAACAUGUGCAUUUGGCGGUGGAGAUAAUCUUUACCAACCAAUAGGAAUGUCAGAGUCAUCUCUCAAGAAGGUUUGCUAUGUGGCAUUUUGGGAUAACAUUACUCUUGCAACACAACAAGCAGAGGGUCGUACUGUUGGUGAUGACAAUUAUAUUGGAAAGUGGCGCAUUAUACUAGUCAAGGAUCUACCUUUUAGUGACCAAAGGUUGAAUGGAAAAAUCCCAAAGAUGUUGCCCCAUCGGCUCUUUCCAAAUGCUAGAUAUUCCAUUUGGGUAGACUCAAAAUCCCAGUUUAGGAGGGAUCCCUUGGGUGUGUUUGAAGCCCUACUCUGGCGUUCAAAUUCUGUACUGGCAAUUUCAGAACAUGGAGCUCGCAGUAGCGUAUAUGAUGAGGCAAAGGCUGUUGUCAAAAAAAACAAGGCCACCCCGGAGGAGGUGGCGGUACAAAUGAUUCAGUAUCACAAGGAUGGCCUCCCUGAGGAUAAGAGAUUCAAUGGAAAGAAGGCUCUUUCUGAGGCCUCAAUUAUAGUCAGGGAGCACAAUCCAUCAACUAAUCUCUUCAUGUGCCUCUGGUUUAAUGAGGUAGUUCGCUUCACAUCACGUGAUCAACUAAGUUUUCCAUAUGUUCUAUGGCGUUUCAAAGUGUUGAAGAAUAUAAAUAUGUUCCCUGUUUGCACCCGGAAGGAUCUUGUAAAUAGCAUUGGUCAUGUUCGCAAGGCAAAACCCCUAACAAACUGAUUACUUGUGCUCCCAGCUAUUUUUAAAUCUGUUUUCUACCCCGGAGUUGUAAUAUUGCAACAUUCAUGAGGGCUAUUGCAUUCAUUAUUCUCCAUCCACUUAAUAUUGAAUUAGGUUAUAUGCUUAGCUAUUGAGUUAUGCAUAUGGAUUAGGAUGCCCAAUUGAGCCCUCUGUUUGUAUUCAUUUUGAUUGUAUGUAUGUUUCCAUGGGUGUACAUGUAAUACCGAGUUGAAUCCCAACUCAAAUUUGCUAUAGAGAUUUUACUUCAUUAUCGCCCAUAUAUCUUUCAAGGGAAAA